AUGAUACGAUUACCGAAGACUCCGAAGCAUCCGCAGGCUAUGGGACAGAAGGAGAAGACUCCCGGAGAUGAAGAGCGUCAGGCUUCCAGGAGACCACCGAGGACGGAGCUGGAUCGACAUUACUCGCUGCAUCCGCAUAUGCAUCUCUCGCCUCCAUCCGGGCCGAGUCCUCAUGGAAGUUCUAGUGUUAUAUGGUUCGGGAAUAUAGAUUCGGGCUUAAAAGCAGCAUUCAUGCCUCUUCGGCCCGCAGUAUCUACUGGUGCUGUCCUGCAGUUAUCUGAACGUCGAGAGUUCCUUCAGAUUAUGUAUGAGUGUCUGCCCUCCAAAACACCUAUCCGACUCAAGUGUCGUGUGCCCGAAGUAGAGGACAGUAACGGAGUAGAAGUGGUCGUCGACGACGGAACCGUCGAAAGAGGCAAUAUAGUUCUUGGCUGCGACGGCGUACACAGUCUCGUGCGAAGCAAAAUGUGGGAGUCAGCUAACAAGGCCAUCCUGCGACGGAUAACAGUGCAAGAGAAAAAGACUUUCGUCACCAGGUACUGGUUUCUGUUCCUGACGCAGCCGGAUAAGACGUUUUUCUUUGUAUUUUUCCGUCUACGGGCGGAGGAGGAGUUCCAGUGGCCGGACAGGAAACGGUAUACCAAUGCGGAUGCGGAGGAACUGGCUGCUAGUGUCGCGAGUCACCUAGUUUGCGAGACGCUGAUCUUCCGUGAGAUCUUGAGAAGGCGGUCCCGCGGGUCGCUAAUUUCGCUAGAGGAAGGGAUCCUGUCAACCAUAAAAUUACGCGUAUUCGCAAGUAUCGAUCCUUCAUUGGAUUAG